AUGUUUUGCGCCUCAGGAGCUGUCGCCAUGAGAGAUUGUGUCUGGCGUGAAGGUCUGACGAUCCUCAAAGCCAAGCUUCGUCUUGUUCGUGUCGAAAGGCCCCAAGUCACUCAAACCGAGCCCGCGUCAUCUGCAAACACACCAGAUGAUGAGGGGAAAUACGAAGGUAAAUUGCUUUACAAAGAAAACAAAUUCCCUUUGGUCUUGCAACAUGCCUAUAAGAACAGGACAGGGACACAUGAGAACCCCGAAGCCAAUCUGAUCCGGCAAUUGAAGGAAACCCGUGAUACUCGGCGUUGUCGGAUGAACGGAUGCCAUGACCACGAUACCGAUUAUGUCAGUCUGCCACCCGAACACAAAUCUGUGAACGUCAUACCAGGAAUGGGGAUAUCAAAAUCGUAA